AUGAGCAAACACACAAAGUACACAGAAAUCACGCAGCCAUAUUCCGAAGCGACCAUACACCACCACAAGUUGGUUGAGGUGACUUCAUCUAAUCUCAACAGCCAAAUACUUAGCGUUUCUGAUGACUUCUUCAGCCCAGCCACUGAUCUCAUCAACCCUGAACCUCCAGUGUCCAAGAAGGGUCAAUUCGGUCCAAAUGGCGCUCUGUAUGAUGGCUGGGAGAGUAGGAGGCAUAAUCCUGCAUUUGAUUGGGUUAUAAUCAAACUUGGUGCUCAAUCAGCCUCAUUGAAGCUCCUCGAUAUUGACACGACCCACUUCAACGGCAACGAGGGUCCAUUUGCAUCCGUGAUGGCAUUAUUCGCUCCAAACGCCACCGAAGUAUCUCAUGACGACAGCCGCUGGGAAGAAGUUCUUCCCACUGUCCCACUCGGGCCAUCCCAGCCUCACCUCUUCGAACUGUGCGAAUGGACGGCGCAAUACACCCAUAUCCAAUUGCGAAUGAUACCCGACGGCGGUAUUGCCCGCUUCAGAGCAUACGGAGUCCUCACCCCCGUCUGGCCCAACGACCCAUCGAGCGUGCUCGACCUAGCCUCAGUCUUGGUCGGCGGCAGGGUGCUGUUCACUUCCGAUCAUCAUUUCGGAAAGGGAGAGAACAUCAUUCUACCCGGCCGAGGUAAGGAUAUGGGUGACGGGUGGGAGACGAAACGCAGUCGCUCACCCGGACAUAGAGACUGGGUGGUCAUUCAGCUAGGGUCGCCUGGAUAUCUGCAGUAUUGCGAAGUGGAUACGUGCCAUUUCAAGGGUAAUUUCCCAGCAGGUGUGAUGUUGGAGGGGUGUUCUAGUCCUCCCAACGGUAGCGAGGUUGGUGGUGGUAGCCAGGUGUGGACUCCGUUGCUACCUGCCCCGCUCAAGGUUGGCCCUCAUGCGCAGCAAUUUGCUGAGAUGAUGGCGCAAGACACACUCUUUACCCACGUUCGCGUCACUAUAUUCCCAGAUGGCGGUCUCAAGAGGGUGAGAGUGAUGGGCAGUCGCGCAAAAGCCCCGUUUCGGGGAGUGCCUGGAGGGAUUGCUCCUCCCAGCGUAAAGGGAGAGAGUAAAGAGAAGGAAGAAAAAAUCCAAAGUAAACAAAUCACAGCACUCCCAUUGACGCAGAAUGGUUUCAGGGCAUACGGGGAUGUAGUCAGCAGCGAAACCGCCAACCUCCAGACAAAGAGAGUAAACGGGGGAACGGCUACUAAGCUGUGCAAUGUUUCAGGCGUCGUGAAUAAUUACCCUGUUCAACACCCCGCCGAGCUAAACUUCUGCGUGUAUAAGUGCGACCCCUAUCACACACAAGACACUGCAGGUACUCCAGGCACUCAAAUUGUCAAGGCGGGAUUGCUUGAAAGACACAAGUACACUUCACAGUCAUUCAUUCCAAUGGGAGGAGGUGGUAGUCACUAUCUAGUCGUCGUAGCGCUGAGUGGGGCGGAUGAGAAGGCAGACAUGAGCACAUUGAAGGCAUUCACCGCAUCAUCAAGUCAAGGAAUUACUUAUAUGGCGGGUGUUUGGCACGCACCAAUGAUUGCGCUCGAAGCGGUGACAGAUUUCUGCUGUUUGGUGCAUGAGAGUGGGGAAGCGGGAGAAGAUUGCGAGGAAGAGGAGUUGGAGUGUGUAUAUGAGAUAUCGGUGUAA